AUCAAGCACCUAGGCAUGCAGACUGCUUCUACAAACAUUUGUGAAAGAAUGGGUCGCUCUCCGGAGCUCAGUGAAUUCAAGCGUGGUACCGUGAUAGGUUGCCACCUGUGCAAUAGCUCCAUCCGUGAAAUUUCCUCGCUACUAAAUAUUCCAUGGUCAACUGUUAGUGGUGUUGUAACAAAGUGGAAGCAACUGAGAAUAACAGCAAUUCACCCAUGAAGUGGUAGGCCAUGUAAAAUGACAGACCGGGGUCAACGAAUGCUGAAGCACACAGUGCGCAGAACACACCAACUGUCUGCAGAGUCAAUAGCUAAAGACCUCCAAACUUCGUGUGGCCUUCAGAUUAGCACAACAACAGUGCGUAGAGAGCUUCAUGGAAUGGGAUUCAAUGGCCGAGCAGCUGCAUCCAAGCCUUACAUCACCAAGUGCAAUGCAGAGCGUUGGACUGGACUCUAGAGCUGUGAAGAGGUGUUCUCUGGAUUGCAAGGAGAAUGGUACUUGCCUAACUGCAUUGUGCCAAGUGUAAAGUUU